AUUACUCUUUUGACAGAGAAAUUUUACGCACGUUCGUUUUAUAAUGACAUUUGUACGCACGCUUUACAUUUUGAUUGUCGUUUUUGCAGAAAACAAGGAAAAAUCGCUCGUUCGAUGUAUCGUUAACCUCAAGGAGACCGAGCUUGUACAUCUAUCCCAGCAAUUAAAUCCUUUGGAAUGUUUGCAGCUCGUAAAAGCUGUGUAUGAAUUGUCUCCAUCGGGAGAAGAACGCGAAGAGAAGAAAUAUAGAGUGUUAAAUGGAGAUUUAACUCGUUUGUCGGCUACUCCGAACGAGUGUCUCGUUAACCUCGAAGAAUGGAACAAUGACUUUCCAAAAGGUCCAAAAUUCGGAGGACGUUCAGCAAUGGAGAUGACGCUGAGAUGGUUAGGACGACCUGACCUGGCAAAGUAUGUGAGAGAAAAUCGCAGAUCGAUUAAAUUCCUCGAUAGGGAGGAUUACGAUAUAGCCGAUACGUUAGAAUUUCCAGGACACAAAGUGUCAAGGAGGCAUAGCCCUGAGAAUAGCAAGUAUUCAUCGGCAAAAGGAAAGCAGGAAAAGAAGAAAAGAGGGCAUCAAAGACACACUUCCGCGACGUCGCAUAAAGGGAUUCAUAGAGCAAUGGCUGCAGCAACGGGACACAGCGCUAACACUGGGCCAAUUUUAAAACAUUUCAGUCAUAAGGUUCGCGAACUGAAAAAGAAAGAAAAUAAAUCGCAGUCGAAGAAGGGUUACCUUGAAGAGCACCGAUCAAUUUAUGGGUCAAUCGUGGUUGUUCUAUUUUUCAUUGUUCUUUGUCUCGUGGCAGCCUACUUCCUUCAUAGACGAAAUCUUUCCAAGACCCGUGGUACGCGAUUCAAGUACAGUUGGUUGCCAGAUAAAAAGGACAAGGACACUCUUACCGAUCACAUCGAAUGGAACGAUGAACCUUUCUGCUCCUGUUCGGAUGUCGAGGUUGGAUGUACGGGAAAAUGUGCCACGUGUAGUAGAAAUUAUCAAAUUCUUUCUGAUGUUCCCAAUAAACACGUGAAUUCGGUUUGCGUGCAAAAACCGAAAGACAGGAAACGAAAGAAGAGACAACGGUUCAGUUUUCUUCAAAAAUGUUCUCAGGACAAGAAACGGGAGAAGGACCAGGAAAAUCGGGAUAGGAAAUCUGCUGCAAAAGCAUCAUUGAAAUUACGUAAUGCAUCUUGUGCGUACUUUAUCGAUAAUACAUCAGCAUCUUUCCACGACUUAAGGAAAACUUUAGAGAAAUGCGUUACAAAGAAACGAGAAAAGCAUCCAAUUAUUUCCCAAGGAGACUAUCGACAAUGUGCAUGCUGCAAGUGUAAUUUAAGCUCUAAAGAGAAGAUGAUUCGCGAAAGAAAGGAGAAUGAAAAGAGAGGACUGUAUAAAUUGAAACCGAAAAGAAAGAAAGAAAAAAGACGAAAAGAAGAUUUGCGGAGAGUAGAGAAAUAUGGAAACGUAUGUUACAGGGAUACAUGUAAAUGAAUUACUACUUGGAAAGGAAGAGGCAUGGAAAUAUAAUAAUAUCCAAUAAGAAAUAAAAAAUGCAAUGUUUUUGUAUUAAUACAAGGCGUUUAAUAUAAUCUUAGGUAAUAAAGUAUGCUAAAGAUCUUCAAAUAAUAUGUCAAUUACACAUUGAAAUGAACGAAUUGUAUACGAAAUAAAUCGAUAACUUCGAUAAAAUCAUUGCCUAAUGU